CGCUCAGUUAUAUAUUUGUUUUAUUUUAACAAUAAAAAGUGCAAUCUAAUUCAGCUGAAAAGAACAGACCUAAAGUUAAACUGUUUUAGGAUCGAUUCAUUGCAUAUCACCGCCGGUUUCAGACUCAGCACUUCACAGCUAUGCACCAAUCAUGUGAGAUAUUUAAUACGAGUCUCUACUGUUUUGGUGGAAAGGCGCGACAGUAUAGAGACGAUCAUGUUGAAUAACAUGAUCGGCAGGCUCUACGAACUGCUGGCCGAAGACGUGAAAUCCACCUUGUUUGACGAUUUGGUCAAUCUAGAUGCAGAUUGUAAUACUCCUGCCUUAUAUUGGCUGGCAGCGAAAAUGAAGGGUUCCCAUCUAAAACAUUCAGUGUAUAAAUUUGAUGACUUGCCAAGAGCCUUCCUGAAUUUACGAGAACAUUCAACUACGCGUAAUUGGAAACGCCUUGUACGGCAAAUAUCUGCAAUGCAGGUAGUGAAUUACAGCGAUAAUAGAGAUAUUAGCGAUGUCUUAGGUAAAAUGUGGAAUUUCGUGGCAGACGCGAUUCCCGAGUGCGAAGGCAAACAGCUCGACGUAUUAUCCGAUUUUUUGGUUGCCAUAUUCGACGGCACUCGUCUCGAUAAUCUUCGGGAUUAUGCCCUUGAUUCGAUCCUGAUGUCCAUUGUGAGUUCAUGUACUUGCAUGUUAUCUUCAAUAAAGAUCAAGCUCUGCCAAUAUUUACGACAGAACGUCGAGAAUGUCGGUGAUUGCGAAGGCCAAAGCAUAUCUGCUUUGAUCAAACUGUUUAGUCGUUUACUGGAGGACGAGAGUCCUUGGGUACGCCAAGAAGCCCUGGAGACUUUUGAAUACGUAGGACAUACAUGCUCGGAACAUCUUGUUGCCAGAAUAGCAAAAGGUCUGGCCAAGAUUCCCACCAUCAGCAAUGUCAUGCAAGCAUAUCUAUCCUGCAAAAGGCUCUAUGUACUCGAGGAUUUUUCGAACGUGUACGAUUAUCUCGGGCACGUAUCUAAAGCAGCUCAAAGCCAUCGCGAGCACAUGUGCUACGAACACGAAGAAUCGGAAAGAGAAAAAAAAAUACCGAGAUUGGAAGAGGAAAACUCGCAAGAUAUCGCGCCGAUGUUGAUGUCACUGGAUAAACAAGCGGAGAAGAUGUACAAAGGAUUAACGGAGGCUUUGGAAGGACGAGCUAAUAUCAGCGAGACAAUCUGUAGAAAACUGAUAACUGUCCUAGAGACGAUUCUGAAUACUUAUAAAAAGUGAAAUUUCAUAGAAAUGGUUAUCACUUUAUCGAAAUGAUAAAUAGAAAUAUUUUACUAGUGACAAACAUUUUUUAUCGAAAAGAAAUGAUAAUGAUAAUUAAAA